CUAGCCUCCGCAAAGUGGCCGGCCAAGAGGGAGAGGAGCUGAGAGCUCGCCCCGGACUGCGGCGCCGAGCGGAGCGAAGGAGCCGGAGCCCAGAGUCGGCCAGCGGAGGCCCUCAUCUCCUCGGCACGCCCUCCAGCCGCUUUCCAUGCUCCGGACGCUGCCUGGACCCUCGCCCCGCGGCUGACGGCGCCCGCCUGCCUGGGCAGCACUCAUGCACUGCGCGCCCCGGGACUCGUAGGCUGCAGCUGCCCGCGGCUCCGGGACCGGUGGUGGCUCCGCGGCCGUGGGGGACGUCAAUGGAUCGCCAUUCCAGCUACAUCUUCAUCUGGCUGCAGCUCGAACUCUGCGCCAUGGCGGUGCUGCUCACCAAAGGUGAAAUCAGAUGCUACUGUGAUGCUGCCCACUGUGUGGCAACUGGCUACAUGUGUAAGUCUGAACUGAGUGCCUGCUUCUCUAGGCUUCUUGAUCCUCAGAACACAAAUUCCCCACUCACCCAUGGCUGCCUGGACUCUCUCGCAAGCACAGCAGACAUCUGCCAAGCCAAACAGGCACAAAACCACUCUGGCACCGCCAUGCCCACAUUGGAAUGUUGUCAUGAAGAUAUGUGCAAUUACAGAGGGCUGCAUGACGUUCUCUCUUCACCCAAAGGGGAGGCCUCAGGACAAGGAAACCGGUAUCAGCAUGACAGUAGCAGAAACCUCAUCACCAAAGUGCAGGAGCUGACUUCUUCCAAAGAGUUGUGGUUCCGGGCAGCAGUGAUUGCUGUUCCUAUCGCUGGAGGGCUGAUUUUAGUGUUGCUUAUUAUGUUGGCCUUGAGGAUGCUGCGAAGUGAGAACAAGAGACUGCGGGAUCAGCGGCAACAGAUGCUCUCCCGUUUGCACUAUAGUUUUCAUGGACACCAUUCCAAAAAGGGGCAGGUGGCAAAGUUGGACUUGGAAUGCAUGGUGCCAGUGAGUGGGCAUGAGAACUGCUGUCUGACCUGUGACAAAAUGAGACAAGCGGACCUCAGCCAUGACAAGAUCCUUUCACUUGUUCACUGGGGCAUGUACAGUGGGCACGGGAAGCUGGAAUUUGUAUGACCGCGUCUUAUCUGAACUGAGCUUGGACGCUUGAAGGCCUUUGAGUUACGCUGGACAGGAGCACUUUAUCUGAAGAAAAACAAACUCAUGUAAUCAUCUUUGAGAGACAGAAUGACCUCUGCAAACAGAAUCUUGGAUGUUUCUUCUGAAGGAUUAUUUGCACAGACUUACAUACAGUCAAAUGUAUUUUUUGCUUUGAAAUUAUAAAGAGCAAAGAGAAGACUAUGUACACACUGUUACCAGGGUGAUUUGCAUCUGAGGGAGCUGGAAUGAGUACCUAAAUAAACUAACAUAUGCUCUAUGUAAGCUCCUACAUCUUGAUUUAUUGUAAAGAUUUAAAAAUAUAUAUCUAUAUUUUUGUCUGAAAUUGAGCAGUGUCUUGUCAUAAAUUAAAAACUAAAUGGGAAGUGUAAGAAGCUACAUGUUAAUUAUACAAAUGAAGAUCUGUUGCUCAGAGUAGGGUCUUAACUAUAGGAUUUCGCUUGAUCUUCCUUCCUUCCAUUUUUUUAAACAAGACCAAAAUCUUGUUUAUUUUUAUAUGCGCAUGUGUAACUUUCUUACAGCAUGUAGAAUUUCUAAAUGGACUGCCCAUUAUUUAGCGUCUUACCCACAUUUUUUUGUUUGGAUCAUUCUGGUUGUUAACUUUAAGAGAAAUCUUAAACAUAUUUAUACCAGGUCAGAUAUGAUUGAUCUGUUUCUGAAGUUGCCUUAGCAAACGUACUAUUAUUUAUCAACUUGAUCCACUUGCUUUAUAAUACUUUAAAAUAUGCCUACCUCCAACCAGGAAUAAAAAAACAUAAAUGAAACUUUUUUGUAAAGUUAGUCACUGCCUAUUUCUACUGUUUAUUCUGUCUCAAACUGAAUUAAAUAUUUUGGACUCCAAGUUAGCCAAACUUUAUUGUACCAUAUUCCCAGUUUUCAAAACUUCUUUCAGCACAGUGUUAUACUAACAUUUUAUUUUAUUUUUUACUUCUCAAUUUUUAGAAAGGUUUUUCAUAGUGAACACUGUAUAUCAAUUGAGAUUUAAAUAACACCGUGCUUCUAGUUUUCCUCCCCCAAAUGAUCCUUGUAUUAACAUAACCAAACAAAACAUUGACUUUAGCCACUAACUUAAUACACCAGUGUUUCCGCUCCUGUAAGACUUGAUGUCCGACAACAAUGCCCAGCCUGAAUUUAAACUCAUGCCACGUUUGUGUACUUUUCUCCCCAAAUGGAUCUUUGUUAUCUUAGAUGAGAAUAAUUUGCCAUUUAGGGUUUUUCCCCCCUCCAUUCUUUUGUAUAUUUGAAACUUUUGCUUAAAAAUGAACCUAUAGCCUGCAUAUUUGAGUAUGGGGUUUUCUUUUAAGAGUGUUAAAGGAUUUAAAAAAAGUAGUUUCUGGAAUAUUUUAUGAUGAGUAUAAUUUGGGUCCCUUAAGAUAGAUGUAGUAGCCAAGCUCAUGGAAGAAUCUGAAUUGAAAGGACUAGUAUAAAAAUGAGUACCUAGAUUAUUUAAUAAUUAAUAGACCACAGCCCAAACAAAUUAGGCUAUGGAAUAAAUAUGCAUUUUAAUAAA